AUGCUCGAUGUCUUAACGCGUAUCUCGUACCAACAAGGCGGGAAGGCUGGACCCAGACUUCCGCCCGGUGUUCUCGAGCACAUAUUCUCCUUCGCCAUCGCUCGCGGCGGACACCACGUUCGAGUCAAGCUACGGAACACGUCCAGGAAAUUCCGCUGCAUUGUCUUUGCAUCCCAGCUACUUUGGUCGGAUGUAACCACUCUGCCCACAUAUCCUACAUCGUUCAUGGUGGCGCGGUCGCGAUCCUGGUGGACCAAUACGCCUCUGAGACUCCAUCUUGACAAUUCCAACCUUCCAAACCCCGCCGCCGCGCGACCAAGGACCAUACCUCACACGUCGCUUCUUCUUUCCAGUCUCGGAUACAUCCGGUCCAUCAUCGUGGAACACAAGUUUGCGAGCUCCUACUUCCUUCGCGUUCUCAACCGUCAGUGCUUUUUCCCCGAGCUCGAGAGGCUUGUGUUAUCCAGCGCGGAAUCCGAGUCGUGGGGGUCGUUGCCUCUCAUCUUCGACCAUACAUUCGAGCAUAGCGUCCCCGCUAUCGAUGCUCCUGCAUUGCGCCGCGUGCGCUUAUGUUCAGUCCCGAUGUUCCUCGAACAGUCCCACAACAUCACCGAUCUUCGAUUGUGCGGCAGGACUCGCGGUUCUAGUUUUCAGGCGCGCGUGUGGAACCAGUGGCCUGUCCGCAUGGUACACGACUUGCUGUCACACAACACCUCGUUGACGGUACUCCAUCUGGUCGAGACGCUAUGUGCAAACACCAUCGAGGAUUGGAUGUCGUCCGUCAGCUUGCCGUUAUUGGAGGUGUUGAUAGUGUGCAGUCCUUCUCCGGUAGAGCCGAUAUGGGUUCUGGACACAAUCGACUUCCCGGACACCACUUACAUCGGGAUCCAUCUCGGUCAUAAAGCGCCGCACGCUUUCUCUCUGGAUGAGUUCUACUAUACGUUGGGUGUAUUACUCAGGCGGCGAAAAUUCACCGCGGUGACCGCGGUAUCAUCCCUGUCUCUAAGCGGUAUACUCCUGAGUGAUGGACCCCGCCAUGCCAUGCCUCUGCCGCGUUUUGACGACACGGAGAUGUAUCUCCAUACAAACGAGAUAAGCCAUGUCUUCUACGAUAUGGCCCCGGGUGCAGUCGAUGUGACAGCCUCUUACGAAACGAGUUGGGUACCCCUGGAAAAUACGUGGCACGCUAUAUACACCGGCCUGUCUCCGCAUCUGAAAGAGCAUGAAAUUGUUACCAUGGAGAUAAACGCAGAGUACGCGAUGCUCAUGAACCAGUCGCUGCUCACAGCGUCGCGCUUCGAUAUGCCCAUCGAGGAACUGCGCUUAUGGAGCCUACAAUCAAACCAAUGCGUCUGGUGCGCCUUGGUUAGAGCGCUGCACGAUUGGACGGCCGUCACGAUCGACUUGCCUUCCGAGGAAGAAUCGAUGUCCGACGCCGUUGACGACAUCUCUAAUGCCGAUGAGACGGAUGUAGAAAGUGCAACCGCGGACGACCAGGCGUCCGAGGAGUCGUUCGCGAGGGAGCCGUCUGUAGACAGGAGCCGUCUAGAAAUAGCGACUGUCAACGAUAUCAACGAGGUGAUGCAAUCGUUGUACCCGGACGUGCGACGCAUUGUAGACUGUAGAAAUGGGUACACCUGGGCACGUAGACACACCGUGGACCUUUUAGAGGACGUGCAUCGCGAAUGUCAGAUAUCUCAUCGAUGA